CUCCAUCAAACCCGGAAGAGGUUGUGAAGUGGCACCUCUCCUGUGUACGGGCGCUGUGGCAGAGUUUCCAGUCUGAGUUUUGGGCUGGUAUCUGUGUUUGUGAGGCAUGUCGGGGGUCUCUGAGGGGCCUGACGUGUUCUCGGGCGAUGAGGAGGAAGAUAACAGCGGCGGCAGAGCUGCGAACACCAGGCAGAGCAGCAGCAUGAAGCCCCGAGCCCGGCUCGGGUCUCCGCUCCAGCAGAGACCGUGGAGGGACGGCCAGUGGCCGGCCAGGCUCUGCUCCAUGCUCUGCUGCCUGUUCAUUUUCUCCUUCAUCGCUGUUCUCGCCUCCUUUCUCUAUAUCAUUCUAAAAGAUCUACGAGCUGAAAGAAUAACCACUGAAGAUGGAGCAGAAGUAAGACUGCUAGGUUUUUGGAGUAUGCUGGUACUUUCCUCCGUGGCUGGAGUGCUCUGCUGCAGUUUCUCCUGGACUCUUACCUACUUCGACUCCUUUGAGCCUGGGAUGUUUCCUCCUACCCCACUUUCUCCAGCUAAACUCAGGAAAAUGACGGGCCACUCCUUUCACAUGGGCUACAGCAUGGCCAUCCUCAACGGCAUAGUGGCUGCCCUGACUGUCAUCUGGUAUCUUACCUAACACCCGACACCUGACACCUUCAUCGCCUUAAUCAUCAUCGUUAAUCAUCACUUGGGUAGUUCAAAAAGAAGAUCUAAAGUGGAGAUGAACUAAUGUAUAGUUUUGUUAAAUGGAGCAAUAAUGACUUUUUACAGUGUUAAAGCACAAUGCUGUUACAUAAUAGUGUUUUAACAGCUGAUCUGUCAGUUGAGGCCUUCCAACAAAUAACCGUAAAUCAGGCCAAUUCUCCUAUUUGGUACAUUAUCUUAUAUAUAUAUAUGUUUAUGUGUAUGUGUGUGUGUGUGUGUGUGUCUGUGUGUGUGUGUGUGUGUGUGUGUGUGUGUGUGUGUGUGUGUGUGUGUGUGUGUGUGUGUGUGUGUAAAAAAAGUGCUUCAUUAAGACUAGGCCUGCUAUGAUAACUAUUCUUAUUUGGACAGUAAAUUGUCCUAGAAAUAAUUGCAGUAACUUAUAUUAUCAUUUUAAGAUUUAAUUAAGAUUUCAGUUACACAUUUUAAAGAGGGUGUAAUUGGAAUAGUAUAAUUAAUAAACUGUCUAUAGAAAAUGUUGACAUUGGAAUUAAAUAUAAAAAAAAAUAAUACUAAAUAAUAAACUGAUUGAGAUCAUGUCUGUAUAUUGACGGCCCUUUUAUACAAAAAAUAUUUAUUCAUUUAUGAAGCCACUAAAAGACAUGAAGACACGUAUUAUAAUAAAAUAAAUAAAAUAACUAUAUUCUGAUAACUGAUUUCUCCCAAUUGAGAGAAAUUAUUGCUAUCUGGGUAUUUGUUGGAAGGGCUCACUCUUCAAUAGCAGAGCAGCAUAGAUUUUUAAGGGACCAGAUUUUUGGGAAAAGGAGAAUUUUUCACUCUCAUUUGUAUCAGUAAUAGUUUGUUGCAGUUCUUCCUGCCAGUCCAGGGGAUCAAACUGGUGACUUUGUAGUCCCAAGCCGCAUCUUUAACCAACAGUCUAAAGAGAUACUUGCUGUUUACCUAGACAAACUGUUAUAACGUAAUUUGUAACUGUAUGUCUAUGUUCUGCUCGUGUUUCUGGAGGCUAACGCUAGAGACAUCGACACAUCAUACAGAUAUAGGCAGCUGUUUACCUAAAUUGCUGAAUGGCAACACAUUCCCUACCAUUUUAGUAUGUACUGCACCUACAUAUGCGUAGUGUUAAUUUCUGAGGAUGUGCACAACCAACACUCCCAAUGGACACAGGAUUCUUAAUACAGCCAUUAGGAGUGCGCGAACAUGUAUUUAACAGGAAGUAUAUGAACAAAAACACUAGUCCUUCCAGUGUAUGGAGAAUAGUUUGAAAAUGAUCAAACUAAUUUUAAUUCUGAUCGUUUUUGCUCAAGGAAAUGAAUACGAUCUAUUUAAGUUUACUAAGACUGUUUUAUUACUGAAAUUGAAUUCUGUUGCCUGAAUCAUGCACACAUUAGGAACUCAACUAAAUUUUCUAAAUGUGUUCAAAUCCGAAAAACAGAUAUUUUGAAUAACGAGGUUGUUAACAAGACAGAGUACGAGACCUUUCACUGCUGAGCAUCGAACUGACACCACAAAACCAGCAACCAAAAUUAAUAAAUAUAGUGAAUGAAGUUUCCUUUGCAGUGAUAGAGUUAAUUUAAACUAGCUGCUCCUGUUUUGUAAACCUGUUAAAGAUGAGUUUUUCAAGUUUUAGUCAUUUUAUACUUCAGACGUUUCUGUUUCAGUUAAAUGAUCCAGUACAAUUUAGGAGGAAAACGUUCACAGGAAAAAAAUGUCGAAAAAAAAAUAUACAUAAAAAAACCCAUUUAAUAAUAAUAAAUAUAAUAGUUAUUUUCAUUUCUUCCAUACAGAAGUCCAGCUUAUUCCCAAAGUUAUAUGGGACUGAUGUCAACUGCAGAAAAAUGACCUGAUUGCAGUGGUGUAUGAAUGUUGAAUUGGGAAUUGUUACAUUUUAAAGCAGCAGUCCUGCAGUAUUUCCAAGUAGGGAAGAGACUAAAUAUUGUAUUUAAUGGUAUCAGUGUCCUUACAUUCUGAAAACAGAAUGCUUCGUUCUCUACAUUUUUACAAUUUCAUAA